AUGCUGCGUAAAUGCAUUAUCAUCGAGAGAUCAACCACCCCAACUCUCGAAUCCCAAAAACCAAUGAUGAAUGUCGACGGUGUUCGGCGGGUAACUGUGGCCACCGGAAACAAGGCUCUGUUAGAACAGAGCUACUGGAGGAACUUGGCGAGACUCAGGUUCGCUCGGUAUUUUGAGCAGUUCAUACACCACCAGAGACGACCACCAGACCGAUCCGUCUCCAAGAUCCAUGUGUGCUCGGUGAACGAGUUCAACACAUCCCAGGUGUGCUCGGUGAACGAGUUCAACACAUCCCAGUCGUGUUUGAGUCGGUAUCUGAGACGAUUCUUGGCUCACACUGUCACGGUUUAUCCCUCCUCCGAAGAGGAUGGGAGUCCUCUCGCUCCUCAAUUUUCACAGACGAGUCCGAGCAGGGCUGUGGGUCUCUGAAUCAACUGAGCCAGAAAAAUCAGGCUUUAGGAGGACUGACGACUCGAUGAAUUGACCGAAGCCAUAAUCAAUUUGACACUACAAUGAUUGGUGCCUGUACGAUCGGGACCUUUACCGUCUGUUUCGCAGAGUGAGGUCUUGCGGCAUUCAGUAUAUGGAAUCUCGGGGGACGCUCCGAAUCGUGCGCUAAAGUCGUCGGUUAUGAUUUAUGUCAUGAACCAACAUUGGCAGGAACAAGUCCCAGCGCGCCAUCAUUCGCGCGCACCGCUGUGCAACAUGUUCCUAAUCUCCCAC